AUGUAUAAUAUGAACCCUAAAUAUUUAAGGGGUAGCGCGAAGUUCGAGGCUGGAGUUACAGUCAGGAAUUUGCCCAGUUCUGGGAUAGGCAUCAUGGUUCGCUUUUGGAAACAUCGUGGACAACGCAUAUUUAAAUAUCUUCAACCACACAUUCAAAAAUAUUUUCCUUAUCAUAAACCAGAAAUGCAUGGUGUUUCACCUCAACGUGCUAUACUGGCAGGAAAAAAGCCAAAAAUUCCUUUUGAUUAUGCAAUCGGUCAGAUAGUUCCAUUUACACAAAGUUUAACAACUUCAUCAUUCCCUGAUAUUGUAAAAGUUCGUCUACACAAGCUAUGCUUAAAUCGUUUCCUGCUAAAGUAUUUCUAUCAAACAGCCACAUAUUGGGUACAUACACAAGGUUUACCAGUCAGCGUUGGAGAUAUUGUACUCGUUGAGAAAGCAGAUCCCCCACUGGCAUUAAAUACUAUGUAUAAAUUGAAGAAAGUUGAAUUUCCUGUUGGUAAUCUUAUUGAUCCUGUGACUGGACUACGUUCUGAAGGUCCACAAUAUUCUAUUGAUGCUUUGAAGACUAUUUUAAGCAAACAGUCAUCAAGUUAAUAAUGUGAAAGUCCAUAACAUUUUUCACUUUCUGUAAAUAGUGUUACUUUUUCUCUAAAAUACACACCAUAGUUCUUCUGAA